AUGGCGCCGAAGUUCAAAGAUGGCGAUGUGGUGCUUGCCAUCUCAGGUAAAUGGGUAUCCUGGACCCAUACCGCGUUUGCCUACACUGCUUUUUUCAGUGCCUUGAUUGUGGGCAUUUCCCUCCAUUACCACAAGAUCGUCGAGAACGAAUACUAUGGGUACCCCGACGAAUGGUUCCCGUCGGUCUCGGCCACCAUUGGGGACCGAUAUCCUGAGCGUUCAUUCUUUAUGAUAUUCAUAGCUAUCACCUCGGGCCCUCGUUUUGCUCUGGUAGGCCUAUGGUACCUGCUCACUGCCCGACCGAACUCGAUGCUUCCCAAAUUCGUCGCGAUUAUGGGCGUGUUCAGAAGUCUUACGUGCGGCGGCUGGACAUAUGUUACAUCGACGGAUAACCACGAUUGGCAUGAUAUUUUCAUGAUAUCAUAUUUGGUAGCAACAGUGCCUUGGACUCUUGGCUGCCUCGCCUUGAGCCCGAAUAACCCGCAGGCAGUGAAGUAUCGGAAAUAUCUUGCGGGAGCCUUUUUCGGUACUCUGCUCCCCUUGAUCUAUUUCUUCAUCCAACACAAGGUCCAUAAAGUCGCAGGAGCCUACACUACUUAUGCUUUCUUUGAAUGGUCCUUGAUCUUAUUUGACGUGGCUUUUGAUGCUGUGACGGCUCUCGAUUUUACAACUUUCGAAUUGAUAGUCAAAGACGUGAAAGGGUCGAGUAAGGGAAACAGCAAGAUGGUGGCCGACGCAGUUCUUGAAAAAGAGAAGGGCAAACCGAUUGACCAAGUCUUUGGCCAGGCGUUCUCGUGGAGUGAAGCUAUCGAUGCCAUAGCCGAUAUUUACAAUGGGUUCGCGUUUUGGUCGACACUGACUUCGUUGGGUAUCGUUGUGUGGUAUUUUCCAUUAUGGCACAUGGGUAUUUCGGGUUAUGAGGUCUUCAUCAUGACAACAAUCUCACCAUUCCUACUCGGCAUUCGAUCCGUGCGAUUGUUGGUGGUCAGAAACCUUCGACUUUUCCAUUUCAUGGGACUUGCCGGACUGUUUGCAUACCAGGCUCACAAUCCAGUCUUACGGCUAUUUGCUGUUGGGUUCGGCGUUUUUAUGUCGUGCUUGUCGUGGGCUGCAACUUGGUACUCGGAAGCAAGCCAGCCAGUACGCCUGGAGUCAAGGAUUUCGGCAUGGACAAUCGGGCUUGUCGCAUCGAGUGUGAUAAAAUUUGCCUGCAGAACUAGCAACCCCGUUUGGGCAGUCUCGCAUGCGGAGAACGGAGGGUACAACGGUCUUGGUUUUAUUCUUGCAGUACUGGCUGUCCUCCGCUCCACGAGAAAGACCCCAAUUGCUAGGAACGAGCUGGCAAUUCAGGGACAGAAGAAUGAACGAUCAGUUCUGGCUGGGUUAGGAAUCGGCGGUCUCUUUUUCGCCCUGCACUCCCUGUUAUCAGACUCUAGUACAAUGAUUCUCUGGGUCUGGGAAGGUUACCCAAUUCGUGGGCCAAUUUCAGCACCUCAUGGAGCUCUCACGAUAUUUGCGAUGGCAAUAGGCCUUAUAGUAGGACUUUUCCAGGAAAGCCUAGCUCGCAGUUGGACUCUUUAUGGCGUCGGCUGCAUCGGCGCUGCUCUUCUCACCACAUCAAGCAAUUGGAGAGGAUUUUAUGGCGCUCUCAUUCUGGCUGCAUAUUUAAUGGCUGUCUCAAUUCCACUCAUCAGCUCCGCAGCCAAGAAGAGCCCUGCUACCUCGUUUGGUUUCGGAUACCUGGUCUACAACUUCAUGGCGCUGUUCCAUGUGUGGGUGGUGGCCUACGCUUUCGUACCCGGUGGCCCUCUCGUCAGAGAACGUACCGACUGGGUCAUGAUAUCCAUGAUGCUCCUCAUCGGUUGUGGUGUAUUUGCAGCUGCUUCGCCUUCCGCUGUCGCACAGCGCAAACGCGUCAACACAUAUCUCAAUGGCAGAAGACAGCGCUCCUACUACAUCUACGUUCUUGGUGUGCUUCAGCUUCUCGCAGUCGCUAUUGCCUACCUCCGAUUCCCAACAUACGAUUAUGUCCCAUAUCACAAGGAUGAUAAAAUUCUCACUGCGGGUAUUUGGACUAUCCAUUUCUCUCUCGACAAUGACAUGUGGUCCUCAGAGCGCCGAAUGAGAGACAUUAUUAAAGAGCUUGAAAUCGAUGUCAUCGGUCUCCUAGAAUCGGAUUUACAGCGCAUCAUCAUGGGUAACCGUGACACAACACAGUUUCUCGCUGAGGAUUUGGGAAUGUAUGUCGAUUACGGACCAGGACCAAAUAAGCAUACCUGGGGCGCCGCGCUACUAUCCAAGUUCCCAAUCGUCAACUCGACGCAUCACCUCCUACCUUCCCCAGUAGGCGAGUUAGCGCCAGCGAUUGAGGCGACCCUCGACGUAUAUGGCGAGAUGAUUGAUGUAUUCGUCUUCCAUUCGGGUCAAGAAGAAGAUCCGGAGGAUCGCAGGCUACAAUCCGAAUACCUUUCUAAACUCAUGGGCGCCACCCCCCGCCCAGCAAUCCUCCUCUCAUACCUAGUCACCAACCCGGGCGAGGGGAACUACAACACAUACGUGUCUGAGACGAGCGGGAUGCAUGACAUCGACCCGGCCGACGACUGGGAUAGAUGGUGCGAAUACAUUCUCUACAAAGGCCUCAAGAGAACUGGAUAUGCGCGAGUCUCACGGUCCACUAUUACCGAUACGGAGAUUCAAGUAGGCAAAUUCCUAGUUGGCGAGAAGGAGCCCGAGGAUGCGGCAGUGAGGAAUAAACAUAUCAGUGAAGACCAGGUUCCCGAGGGCAGGCGCUUCCCUCAGAUGUUCCGGGGAGAGGGAGUCAGGGGUCACCAAUAUCACGUUUUUGAUGAGCCGUGGUAUUACGAAUAG